AUGCCUCACGCAAACGGGGUAGAAUAAUGGCCAUUCUCUCUCAUGCUAUACCUUUUGCUUACUGCCUGCCAUACGUCUUACCCCUUUGACGAACCGCAGACACUGCCUCGGUAAAUCUGUAUCUGGACCAAAGACAGGAGCUCGACUUUAUCGAGUUUAGGCUGACACAUGGAAUCCGGCAGCUGUACGUGAGCAAGAAGAGGUGUAUGAUCAUGGUUCAAUUGUUGACCCACCAGCGUCUGGAUAUCACGCUCGACUCGGCCGAACGAUGCCAGACUCUCUAUGAUAUGCUCAUGCUCAUCAAGACUAGACCCAGUGACACUGACCAGUUUCCCAGACAUCAGCCCAAGAUCGGGAUUGCCAGACCGGAUCCUACGGCAGCCUAUCUAACUCCUAACGAUACUCCCUCGAAUCUGGAGUUCAAUCCCUUUCAAGCGUCGUCCAUUGUGCCGUCCACGCCAUCAAGAAAACGUGUUAUGAUCACACGCUCGACAGCUGUCAGCGAGCAAAUUCAUAAGAAAACUCGCGUACAACAUUCCGAGGAGUCUAGCACGUCUUACCGACAGUCGAAGGAGUCGUACGACAAGAUCCUGUCCAGCCCACCAGGAGGACCAGAAGUUACCCCAGAUCGCUGGAGACCUCCUAGCUCACCAACAUGUCGUGGAGACGAGGUCACAACACCGAGAAGGGCCGAAUCGUUGCGUCAAACACUCGACCAGCUCGAGCGAUUCGGAUGUAUUACUUCUCCAGUGCCGAAGCCCCAGUUUCAUUCUAUCGUCCCAACCCCUCGAGUCCUACGGUCGAUGAAUGAUAAAACCAGGAGAUAUGGACGUGAGGUGGGACUUCGAAAUUCCAAGCGACUGUCAUCUCUUGAUAGAUCAAGUACUAGUGGAUGCAUCGCUGCUGUCCUUCAAGCAAUGUUUUCCCUGGAUCCAGUGGCAAAAGACCUUCAAGACCCGUACUGGCUCCGGCUCUCCGGAGUGCAGCUCGGAUUGUUCAGGUCUUUAGUCGAUGCGUUCGCUCCUUAUUCCAAAAGUCAAGUAUUGGAUAUUCGAGAAGAGACAGUGUCCAACAACGUGGUCAAGACCACUAAAGGGAGUCUAGGUGACGAGGAUGAUGCCCGCGAGUUCCUGAGGGACGCUCUUAAUCAAGUGCGGCAGGAAUUCCGAGAGAGAAAUGUGGAUACAGCUUGUCCUUUGUCACGGCUGUUUGAGUGUGAUAUUGAGCACACUUUAGUAUGCAUGAUCUGCGGAAAUGAGAGCGUCCAUACAGAACACUAUCAAGACUUUCGGCUUGAGGUCCCGCUCUGUGAUAACAACAGGUCAAACCAGACAACUAUGAGCAUCGGUGGUCUAUUCCCGCAGAUGUUUGAUGCUCAGCAAAUCUCGUUCGAGUGCGAGGCGUGCCAAUCCGACAACGCGAUGGUCCGGCGCUCUAUUUCGAAGUUGCCUGAGAUCCUUGUUGUGCACCUGAAACGCUUUACGCCACGGCUCCCUCAUGGCUGUAAUAAGAACCGAAAUAUUGUUACAAUUGACGAAACGCUGGAAUUCUCUCAAUUCUGCUCUUUAGCAGCAUUUUCGACAGAUAUUUCAGACUCCGUGCAGACUCAGUAUUCGGACGACGAUCGAACGUUCCGCCGCCCUCAUAUACCUAGCGACAACUUCCCCAGCUCUGAAAGUUCGCGUUUCUCAUCAAUCAGCCCCAUGAGGCACGACAACCCUUUCGGCUCUUUUUCGCCGCCUAUUGAUUACCUCGAUGCGAGCCUACAUAAUCCACAAGGUGAAGGCACGGCCGGAAAUCCCUUUUGGCUGAAUAGCGACGACGAGGACUUGCAUGACGUUUCAGCUAACCAGUCCUACUCAUUUUACGAAGCGCCAAGUGAGGAUGAGCAAUAUCGAUGGGCCUUGGAAGAGUCGGUUAGAGAAUCGAAGUCUUUAUCGCAAGAGUCCACCCUGAACGGAGACCGCGAUAUUUUUCGGAGCGAGGACGUGUUGAAAGAGGGCGACUUGGAUGCACAGAUCUUUGGAACGAACAACACAUCACUCAAGGGUCAAUUCACCGACAGGAGCCAUGAUCUUACUGUGGAGGAUGAGGGGAAAAGCGUUUUGAAGAAAAGUCGUUCAUUCACAAAGGACAGUUCCAACAACUCCUCUCAAGAUCGCUACCAACCUGACGGAGAGGAUGAGCACCCGGACAAGAAGGAGGCUGUGGACGACGAGGAUGAGGAUAAACAGAUCAAAGCUGCCAUCCGAGCUUCCUUGAUGCCCGAUCAAAACUACACUCCCGACGAUAAGGAGAGAAUAUAUCGCCGGAAAAGCGUCCGGGGAAGAAGGGGAAGAAGGAGAAGCGGCCUGGGGCGCUGACUCGAUCGUGUUCUCAGUCACUGACAAUGACCUUGGAUAGCUUCAAAGGACCACCCCUGCUCAAACGCGCCAAUACUUUUGACGUCAUUAGGAAACUGCGGUCUGGUAGAGAGAGUACAGUGUCAUCUCAACUCCAAUCGCGCACUCAACCUUCGCAGCGUCAGCACAAAGAUUCCCUCCCAUAUGCUAGUUCUAGCCAACAAGCAAGCAGCCAGUCAAGCCAGGAAUUUUCUUCAUUCACAGAUAAUUCGAUGACAGAGACGAGGUCACGGAGAGACAUCAAGGGCAAGGGCAAAGGGAAGGACAAGGCGCCCAGGAAAACGCAGGUGGACACUAAGGAGCUGGGCUUGGGACUUUUUCAGCUGCAGGCAGCUAUCAGCCACACUAGUCUUGUGUCCUCGACAUCCGACGGCCAUUAUGUGUGCGAUUGUCG